UAGUUCCCCUCGUUGGUGUACCUUUCUUUUUUCAGUGUUGAAGAGGAAACAUGGGCUGUGAACAAGUAUGCCUUUUCUUCAAUCCACUAAUAUUUAUCUCCUUCUUCUUCUUUCUCUUCCUUUGCCAAGUCCCUUGCAUACAUGCCCACCUUUGCACUCAAGAACAGACCUCCGCGCUGCUGCAACUCAAAGGAAAUUUUUCCUUCGACGAAUCUGCUUCUAUGUAUUGUGAUGCUUCUUUUCCAAAGAUGGAGUCUUGGAAAAGGGGUUCGGAUUGUUGUUCGUGGGAUGGGGUGCAUUGUGACGGGACAGGUGGAGUAAUUGGACUCGACCUCAGCUGCAGCUGGCUCCAAGGCACCAUCCAUCCUAAUAGCAGUAUAUUCCUCUCCUUUCCCCACCUCCGAAAGCUCAACCUCGCUCACAAUAACUUUUCCAUGUCUCGCAUCCCACCUGAAUUCACUCGGUUCACUGAAUUGACACACCUCAAUCUCUCUUUCUGUUGGUUUUCGGGCGAAGUUCCAGAAGGAAUUUCCUUCCUAAACAAACUGGAGUUGCUUAAUCUCUCUUCCAAUUUUGAUUUGAAAUUGAAAGAAGGCGGGUUCGAGUUACUCAUUCAAAAUUUAUCCAAGUUAAGAGAUCUUGAUCUUAUCUUCGUAAACAUGUCUUCUUCGAUGGUUCCAAAUUCCUUGGUCAAUUUGACUUCUUUAAGAACCCUCCGUCUCCAGUCCACUGGUUUACAUGGAAAUUUCCCUAGCGGAAUAUUUCAUUUACCUCAUCUACAGGAGUUGGAUAUAGGGUACAUUGAUGCUCUCACUGGUUAUUUACCCGAUUUCAUGAAUUUGAGCUAUCCUAUGCAGUACUUAUUUCUCUCUGGCACAGGUUUUUCUGGAGAAUUGCCUGACUCGGUUGCUAAUCUAAAGUCCUUGAAGGUAUUGAGACUCUUUGAUUGUGAAUUCCAUGGAUCCAUUCCUACUUCUCUCUGGAACCUUCCACAAAUCACUGAUUUGGACCUCUCAUCCAACAAUUUUAGUGGUACCCUCCCACCUUCGAUUUCAAACCUUAGAAAUCUCACUUUCUUGUGGCUUUCAGAUAAUAACUUCACAGGCCCACUCUUUCAUUAUUGCUCGACAGAACUUUCGAUAUUGGAUGUGUCAAACAAUUGUCUCACUGGUCCACUACUCUUGUCAUGGGAAGCAAACUUGACAAAACUUGUUUACUUAGAUGUGUCAAACAAUAGUCUCACUGGACCUCUUCCUUCACAAGUAUUUGUACCUCCAAAACUACUCGUUUUGAGCAUAAGCCGAAACUUGAUCAACGGUACAAUCCCAUCUUGGGUCUUCGAAUUACCUGCACUCAGGUCCUUAGAUCUUAGCCAUAACAAACUGAUUGGUCAUACACUUGAGUUUCAGUCCUCUUCAUUGGAGAUUAUUGAUUUGAGCAAUAACUACCUACAUGGUACUGUUCCGAAUUCAACCUUCGAACACCGAAAUCUGACCCACCUCAUUCUUUCUUCAAAUAACUUUUCUGGCACCAUUCCUGAAUCAAAUAGAUUUAGUGAAAAUCUCAUGAUGCUCCAACUACAGACGAAUAACUUCUCUGGCACCAUUCAUGACUCAUUUACAAGGAGUAAUAGCUUGAGAACUAUCAAUCUUAAUGGCAAUGGGUUUGAAGGGCCAAUACCGAAGUAUCUGGUUAAUUGUACAAACCUAGAAGUGCUAGAUCUCGGAAGAAACAAGUUCUUUGACAAAUUUCCACAUUGGUUGGGAAAUUUACCAAACUUGCAAGUCCUAAUCUUGCAAUCUAACAAAUUCCAUGGAUCCAUCCUGACUUCCCAGACCAAAUUUUCCUUCCCCAUGUUGCGAAUUCUCGAUAUGUCGAACAAUCAUUUCACUGGUCCAUUGCCCAUAAAGUACUUCAAAAGUUUCAAAGCAAUGAUGAAUGUAGAUGAAGAGCAUUUUGAUUUGGAGUACAUGGGAACUAUUGGUUAUAGUCAAGGUUAUGGUUUAACUUUUUAUGAUUCUUUGACUAUGGUAAUCAAAGGAUCGACCAUUGAAAUGACAAAAAUCCUUAAAGUUUUCAGAGCCAUUGAUUUAUCAAGGAACAAGUUUCAGGGUAAGAUUCCCGGGAUCAUCGGUGGGCUAAAUUCAAUUCGAGGACUAAACUUAUCACACAACAGUCUCACAGGUCAUAUACCAAAGUCGCUUGAGAAUAUGACCAAGCUUGAAUGGUUAGACCUCUCAUCAAACGAUCUCACUGGGGAGAUCCCUCGACAACUCACGAAUUUAAUCUCUCUCGGAACUCUUAACCUUUCACAGAAUCGCCUAAUGGGGCCUAUACCUCAAGGCAAACAAUUCGAUACAUUUUCGAAUGAUUCUUACAUCAACAACACGGCAUUAUGCGGACCUCCAUUGUCGAAUACAUGUGGCGAUCCUAUGGCACCACAGCGACCACCCUCGACAUUUGAAGAAGAAGAUUCAGAGCCUGUGAGUGGAUUUAGUUGGGAAGUCAUAUUGCCAGGGUAUGGAUUUGGACUGGUAGUUGGACUUGUCAUGGGAUAUCUUGUGUUCUCGUUUGGUAAACCUCAAUGGCUUGUGAAGAUGGUUGAAAGUGUAGGAAAAAGAAAUGGAAAGAGGCCGAAAAGCAAUGCUCUGAGAGUUGGAGGCAGAAGAAAUUAGCAAAAUGCAAAUGGUAUUGUGUGAAAUCGUGGGAGCGGCAUGAAUCUCUUGCAAGUCUCAGAUAUGGGUUCCUGGCAUUUCUCUGAGGAAAAAUUUUUAUUGUAGGAGGUUGAUCUGAUGGAAGGUGGGAAUGAAAAGAGACCACAGCUAGUGAAGUGAGAAGCUUUAUGCUCAGGGUUAUCAGUCAUAACUACUGUGCUUUCUUUACAAAAUUAUGUACUUACGUAUUCCAUUACUCCCUCCGUCCCUUAUUUAUAGUCCGGUAUUCCAUUUUGGGCUGUCCCUUAAUAAAUGUCCAUUUUGUAAAGUUAGUGGGUAAAAGUUGGUGAAUUGUCUAUUUUGUCCCUAAAAGUAGAUUCUAUUUUAAAAAGUGAGUGAGUAAAAGUGUAAUGAUGAUGGGUAAGAAGGGAAAGUAGAAGAAAAAGUUGAUGUGAAAGGUAUAAUGAUGAUAUCUUUUUAAUAAGUUGGAAUUACGAAGCAGGACACUUAAAA